CCAUGCCGCGCCGUGCCCGCGUGGUGAUCCGCCUGGCGCUGCGCGGCUGCGCCAACCGGCCGUCCUUCCUGCUCGUGGCGGCGCACAACUGGCGGGCGCGCGACGGGCCCUUCCUGGAGCAGCUCGGUUGCUACGACCCGCUGCCCAACGCGCAUGGCGAGAAGAUCGUGGGCAUCAACGUGGAGCGGCUGCGCCACUGGCUCGGCGCCGGCGCAUGCAUCUCCCGGCCCGCCGAGAAGCUGCUGGGUCUGGCCGGGUUCUUCCCGCUGCACCCCAUGACCAUCACCCACGCCGAGCGGCUGCGGAAGGCCAGAGCCGCAGAGGCAGCGAGAGCCUCGGAGGCCCCCGCCACCCCUGAGGAAGACACGGAGGAGUGAGGAGAGGCCGAGGUGUGCCGGCGCUGGGAGAGGGGCUGGUGCCGCCCACAGACAAUGCUGCAGCAGGAGCAGGGCUGCAGCACGUUUUGAGAAUCAACAGAAAAGACCAAAGUGUUUUCUUUCCUUGUAGCCCAUCCGACGUGCAGAAACCUUCUGCCGCUAGCACAUGCUUAGGCUAAAGGACUUACCUGGAUGCAAAUGUUGUCACUGUCUCUACUUUAAGAUCUGCUUCAGUUGUUGUUAUUCUCUAGUUCCAUUUCCAUUGAGGUUAACAAAGGGAAACCUUUGUGUGCAGCAACACCAUAAGUUUUGUAAAGGGUGGAAUAUGCAUGUCAAAGCAGUAAAGGACUUACUCUUACUCCA